CUUCGAAUCACAACCCCAAAACUGUCCUCAAUCUCUUGAAAUGUAGUGUCGGUAUCUUCGACCGUAUCGUGUAAAAUGGCGGCAGCUAGCACUUCUAUAUCAGCAACAUCGGCUUCAUCAGAUAGAAUAUUUGCAACACCGAUAGGAUGAUUUAUAUAGGGCGUCUUUUCAAAGUUCUUUCGACGUUGAUUUUUGUGUUUAAUAGCGGCAAAGUUGGCACACUUUAUCAACAAGGUUACAUCGGCCAUUUUACCUUCAUCAGAACGAGGUUACACGGUUUUAUUACGAGUCAAAACGGUAAGGGGAACUAUUUUUUCCAAAGUCAGUUCUACUGCAUAAGUUUAUUAACCAAGUUUAUUAGAAUGGAGAAAUUAAAGAAGCUUUUUUCUGGCGAAAGUAGCGAAGAAGAGGAAACCAAAAAAUAUGUGGAGCAGCUUCGAGAGCUUUUAACACACGACUGUAACAGAGGCAAGAAGGAAGGAUGUCAUGAACUUGGUGAAUUUUAUCAAGUUGUUGAACAAAAUGUAGAAGAAGCAAAGAAUAUAUUUAAGACCAAUUGCGAGGAAAGAAAUCAUGCUCACAGCUGUUUUUCUUUAGGAUAUUUGUUUUUUACUGCAAAAGAAAAAGACAUUGUUAAAGCUUUGAAAUACUUUGAGCGUGGUUGCAAUGGUGACUCUAUUGGGUCAUGCAAUAAUGCUGGAAUGAUUUACCAAAGUGGCCAUGAAAAGUCAAACAUUAAAAUGGACAUGGACAAAGCUAUAGGCAAUUUUGAUAAAGCUUGCACUGGAGGCCAUAGACUUGGCUGCUUCAAUCUGAGCUGUAUUUACCUUACAGGAAAAAAUGGUGCAAAAAAGGACCUGCCAAGAGCUUUUGAACUGUCACUUAAAGCUUGUGAAUUAGGCCAUCCUUGGGCUUGUGCAAAUGUUAGUAGGAUGUAUAAAAUGGGGGAUGGUGUGGAGAAAGAUUUAGAGAAGUCUUCUGAAUUUAGGAAAAGAGCACAAGAAUUAAAAGAUAAUAGCAGAGCAUAGUUUGUAAAACAUUAUUUGUACAGAAAAAGGUGUGAAUUGGUAUUUUAUUACUGAGUAAUUUUUAGAAAAUGUAAUCUCAAGAUGUGAUUUAAGGUCCUCUCACUAGUUUUUUAUGUGUGAGGAUGACCCAGUUGUUAUCCUCCUUGACUAAAGAUCCUAAGGUCUGUGGUUCAGACCCCUGACAUUGCCAAACUUUCACUUAGAGUAGGACGAGUCGUUAGCUCACAUCAUGAAUCACGAUCCUGGUAGGACAUUGUUGCUAUGGCAUUAAAUUAGGGACUUUUCCUAUAUGACAAGGCUGGUAACAAUUGGAAGUAUGAUAUGAUUCUUGAUUUUUUCAUUAAACUCCCUAAUCCAUGAAAUGAAGUCACAAAUUUGUCUUAACUUUCGGCCAAUAUAUGGCCACUAUUACCUAGUAAUAUUGGGCAGCCCUUAGGCAUUCGUUAAAAAAGAGAAUAUGUUGCUUAUGUUUGUUAAACUCCCCGCGAUGGGGUUCAGAAAUAACGCA